AUGUAUAUCUAUAUAUUUUAUUUGCAGGUUUAUAGAUAUCGUUAUUUGCAGAUUUUUGAACUUUACCACUUAAGUGUGGAAUUUUUUCCGCGUGUGGAGCCCUUUUGAUUUCACAUGUGGAACCCUCUUUUCACACGCGGAAAAAAAUUCCACACUUAGGUGGUAAAGUUCAAAAAUCUGCAAAUAACGGUACAAUAUUUUAGGAUUUAUUUAUAAAAUAAAAAAAUAGACGUGCGGGAAAUGAUAUUUCUAUGGAUUAUAUUAGAUUAGUGUUAUUUUUAUGCGACAUUUUGGAUUUUAUGAAGGAACGAGGAUUGGAGAAAUAUUUAUUAGAGCCUUAUGAGCCUUGUAGGAAAUCAUUAAAUUUAUGAUGAUUGAGGGUGUAUUGAGAAUAAAAAUGGCUUGAUUUGGUAUUAGGGAAAUAUAGAAAAUUUGGUAUAAUUUUUUUUGUAUGAAAAAUUGUGGGAAUCUUUGGAAAAGCGGAAUAUGGGCAAUGCUGAUUAAAGCUUAAAAAAAUGGGAUUUAUUUUAUGGAAUUUUAAACAAGAAGGUAAAGGCUACUUGAAUAAUACUGAUCUUGGCUACCAAGCCAUUUUAUUCACCAUUUCAUGUUUGUAA